GUUUUUGAAUCUGAGCAACUUAAAAGGAAAAAGGAAGUAAAGCAUGUAAUGUCUUCCUAAUCCACCAUCAUCUCCGCCAUGCUCUGAAAAGGGAAAAAUGAUAUUAGCAGUAUGUGCUUCAAAACCUAGCAGACCCAUCAGCCAAGAAUGGUGUUCAAAGGUUGAAUUUUCUCUUCUAAGAAGCAUAAUGCUUCCAGCACAUAUGAGUCCUCCAAUAGCCUAUGCUCAGUUGGGUUGAAUUUCCGAUGUGAACCAAUAAAAAGGGCGAAAUAUGGUUCAGCGCAUCCAAGGACGGUGACUCCCCCGUAAUUAAUCUUUGGCUUCCGGUCUAGCUGCUAGCUUCAAGGAUAAGAAGAAGCUUGCUAACGGCAAGGAUUUCACACCCGGAGGAUUGAAUCCUAGUUAAGGAGGAAUGGAGAGCUUAGUUUCUUCAAAGCUUAAGAAAUCAGGGACUCAGGUGGUCAAUGAAUUCUUGUUGCAUUCUUCUCUAUCAGCUUCGCCAAUAAUUUUAACUUCUUCCUUAGGGUUACAUAUGAUUAAGAAUUUGGGUCAUUGCCUCAGGGGAGCUUCUUCGGGUAAUAAGUAAUAGUGUAAUUAUAAGAACUUGUGUGUAAUUACUCUAAAUAUUAUUAUUAUAAAUACAAUGCUAGAGCUACCUAUGGGGUAAACCAUUCCAUCAUUAUUAUUUUAUCACAUGGUAUCAGUAGUCUAGUUUUUUUCUUCCUCCAAACCCUAGCAUAUUAUGUCUUCCACCGCUGAACACUCCACGACACCCGCAGUCCUGGUGGCGCAGCCGACUUCUGGCGUCACAACGCAGCUUUCCAGCGCGACUUCAGCAGUAGUCCAGGCGCCCAUUCGACUGGACCAGCCUACAUCUUCCGGCGUGACCUUCUCACUGCAACUCUCUGCCUCACGCCUUGCCUUGCCGCCGCCUCCAUCCUUGGGAUCCUACCGUUUAUUCAACAUGUCGGAGCCUUUUUCAUGGACACCUACAGCAACCCACACGGUUCCGCAACCUCCUGCAGCGGCGUCUCCAACACCGACAGCUCCUAGUUCCGUGUCAUACUCGGGUCCGACUUUCUCCGGGCAGCCUGGUCCUCGCCUUUCGAUGGCCCUUCACAACCACUACAGCCGGGGUCCACUACGGUACCAUAUUGAGUGAUUCUUACUUAUGCUUUUGACCAUCCGCUCUUCUACUUUUGCGUCAGCCAUAUUGUGUGUUUUUACCUAUUUUGGAGGAAUUAAAGGCAAAUAACUAUAUUUGGAAUGAGGUAUUAAUAUAGAAAAAACAGAGAUGCUGGCUUCAGUGCUUCACCAACCCAAUCGCAGAGGGAAAAAAUUCUAGCACGCGUCAUUCAUACUUUCAUAGUGUUGCUCCAGAAAUGAGUGAUGCUCUCCGGUUCAGCUAAACUCCAGUGAAAUCCCAUUGUUGUGACACUCUCAAGGGCUCUACCUACAAUCCUAUUGCUGAAAUUCGGGCCCAGAGAUUUGAUAACGCUCAAGAAAAAGGAGGGUAUGGUCCGGCUGAUCAAAUCACAUUUGAUUCCCCUAAGCAAUUCUAUCGGUGACUCAAUUGAAACGUUUAGAGAAGGACUCUAAAACUCCAAUCGGCAGAUUACCACAAACUCCAAUCAGCAAAAUUCACCAGCUUUCUGGAUGGUUCAAGUUUACUUUAAUUGGUUCGAUUAGCGAAUAAUACUUGCUCUUCGGCCAAGCAAAACAUGGAUGAUUAUGAAACUCAUUCCACUGUUAUAGAUUCUUGGAUAUGUCAUCUCAAAGUUUCAGAUUGCUUAUAUCUUUUCCUUUGAUCCAAAAAAAGGUGGAAUCUCCCACCCCAGGAGCCCCCUCCACCCCGACCCGACGGGAUGGUGGGGAGGUUAGUCACGGUGACUCAAUCAGCAGAAUGGCAGUAGGCCCAUACAUCCGUGCGCACCAGAGGCUCAGCCUUAUUUCAGGUUCUUUGACCUCCACCCGGUCGCUGCGGGGAUUCGAACCUUGGUCCAUUGAUCCAAAUCUCCCACCACUCGACCAACUGAGCUACCUGUGCGUGUUGCUUAUAUCUUUUCCUUGUAAUGGUUGUUGAUGUGUACCCUUGGUUCAUUUUGGCACAUUUUUUUUAUAUUUAUUUUGGCAAAAUCCUUGGUUCACAGUUUUGGGAACAUGUGAGUGAUGUGUUCAAAAUCCCGAAACUUCUCUUAGAGAAGGCCAUGGGUUUACUUACUACACACUGUGCAUUCUUUAUGUUUCUGUUCAAUGUAUUUGACGUAGUAAGUUCUUCAAUAAUUUACUAUUUUGGAGUUAUAAAAACAUUUUGUUUUGGUGCAUCUCUCUCUUCAUAUUUUGUUUAGUGUCCUGUGAA